AUGAAUCCGGCGAAACGUAUCAAACGAGUGUCUUCAUCGUUUGAACAACUACCUAAUGAACUUCUGGUCGAUAUACUUGGGUAUUUAACUAGCGUGGAUGCUGUUUACGCCUUUUGUCAAUUGAAUCAUCGCUUUCAGUGUUUAUUAUUCAACUAUGUGAAAGAUUUUGAUUUCCAAUCAGUUAAGAAAAGCAAAUUUGACUAUGUCACUCGACAUCAUGAUAUUCAUUCUUGGCGAUCGUUACGUCUUUCCAAUGAUGAACUGACUCCAUGUCAAAUACAGUAUUUCUGUCAACGUUAUUCACAAUUGCAGUAUUUAUCUCAAUUGCAAAUACUUUCUCUUGUGAAUAUAGAUCUAAAACUCAAUAGAGAGAUGUUCUCUCAAUUGGCAUCAUUUGAUCAACUGGUUUCUCUAACUAUCGGCACAGUUUGUGGUAGAAAUAUGCCAUUGUUUCGAUUGCCGUCACUUCGGAGAUUGACAGUUAUUGGAUGCAAUGACAUGAGUUGGCUAUCGAAUUUCGAUCGUCUCGAAAAAUUGAAAUAUACAAUGAAACGUGUGUGUUCGCAUGAAACUAAGUCUAUGGAAUUGACAACAUUGACUGAACUUUAUCUAGAAUACACGGAAAGCGAUAAUGAAAGUGCUAUACGAGAAUCACUUGGACACUUGUCACAGUUGACCAAGCUCUCUCUCUACAAGCAAGGGACUUAUGGACUAUUGCCAGAUGGAGGAAUCUGGGAACAUUUGAUCAAAUCGUCUUUACCGUUAUUAGACACAUUUCAAUUUUGUUUCUCUUUUCAAUCGUAUGCUUAUUCAUCAAAUGUGUUCGACAAUAUCAUCGCAUCGUUUUCUACAACGUUCUAUCUUAUCGAAAAACAUUGGUUUGUCCGCUGUGAUUUCGACAACAGAUACGGCUGUAAAGGAACUCUGUACAGUUUACCUUUUGCAUUUACAAAAAUGCCCAUCAAUUGCACUUCGUUCGAGCGGAGUCUAUCGACUUUGAUUGGCGAUGAUGCUGACGAACGCGAAUAUAAUUCGUAUAGAAAAGUCAAAACAUUGCUUUUCAAUGAAAAAUGCGAGAUUCCUACUCAAGGAUAUGAAUCUUCGAAUAUUACUCAAUUAGUUCUUCAGACCGCUCCUCCGACAAGUUGGUACCAUCUAUUCACGAAUGUACGUGAUGUCACAUUCCAUCGCAAUUUAUAUAUGUCAUCACAAGAUUUCGAAAACUUACUUCAAAUAGCCACGAAGCUUCAAUCACUAAAACUAUCAAUAUACACUUUAGUUAUAUUAACAAAUAAGUUUACCAAUGUACUCCUUUGUAACUUGUUGUCUGAACGAAUUCGGUCACUGACUAUAACGAGAUAUUUUUCCAGUGACAUGGUGCCUGGCAUCGCGUCGGUUCGUCAUCUUGUACAUGUUGUUCGCAUUUUCAACCGAUCGUGCCGACACUUAUCCAUAGGCAUCGUAGCACAGCCAAGUACUGUGGCACCGAUUCUCCGUCGUAUGCGAAAACUACACAGUUUACAUAUUCAUUAUUUUCCGUGGGACUCUGCAUCAAACAAAACUGCCGAAUAUCUUCUUACAAAACCACCCACCACUGUCCAUGAUUGUGAUUUUGUGCAUGCGACAACUGACGAUGAUUUUUACAUUUGGUUUGACAAUGCUGACUAUUGA